AUUUAUUAAAGUUAGACCUGUGAAGAUGGAAAAUGGAGUAUUUUACGAACCUUUUGGAUGGGAAAGAGGAACAAAGCCUCAUCCAUGGAGCCAUCAGAUCCCAAUUACAUACAUAAUCUUCCUGUUCCUAUUUCAAAUCAUCUUUGCAGUAGUUAUGUUCACAGUAGCAAUCAGAAGACUUAAGAAAGAAUACUCAGAGGAAUACAGAGACAGAUUUAAGAUCAUUCAAAUGUGGUUUAUUAUUUUCUCUCUGGUUACCAAGAAUAUCUAUUGCUGGUUAUGACUGUUCAGGCUUCAAGAUAUGGAGUUCUUCCACCUUCCAAUUUUAGCACUCACUAGCUUUUUCUUCUACUUUUUUGAAGUUAUCAAUAAUGCUUGAUGGCUAGCUUUUAUCUUUCAUUUGAAAUACAUGAAGAGUGGAUUAACGAAUCAAACUCUUGCUAAAGUAUUUCGUGAAGAGCUAACUUUAGGAAUCAUUGUCCUUAUUAUUGCUAUCUUAUGUAUCUUAGCCUGGAUCGGAAUCAUGCUAGCCUCAAUCAUUUAUGGGUGUCAUAAGUCAGAGAUAUUUGCAAUAGAUCCUCAACUUUUUGAUCCUCCUCAAUGUGAAUCAGUCAAUUUUGCAAUCAGAUUUUACACAAUAGGUCUUUUCUCAAUUGGAGCUCUUGCAGUAAUGAUGAAGGUUGUUAUUGGAUUGCUUAUGCUGAAAUUAAUGAAAGGAAAUUUGUACUAUCCUUAUAUAAAAGUGAAAAAGAGUGUUAUUUUUACUAUAGUUGCGACAAUUGUCAUUAUUUCAGCAAAUGCUGCAUAUAAUUUUGUGAAUAAUUUUUCUUUUAGUAUUUGGAUUAUUUUUCUAUUGUCACUUGAGAAAGUGUCUACUCAGACUCUUAUUAUGAGAGCUGCAAGUACAUUCCUGAACUCUUUAUUUGAGGUCUUUCUAAUGUGAUAUACUGCUGAAAAUAUUGACUUCAAGUAUUAUAUGCUUGUGCUUUUAGAAGGAAGGAGAAGAUCUUCUUAUGCUUCAAGAAUAUCUAUUUUCUUAAAAAAGAAUAAGGUAAACCAUAUGAAUGGAGAAAAUGGAAGACAUCUUCUUGACGAGAGUCUUUCUGAUGGAAACUCAAGUUUAAACUUAACUUUUGAGGAGGCUUUAAAUCAAGAAGAGAUGUCAAUAGCAAAUUUGGUUGAGAAAAGGAAAGAUACUGAAAAUUCAUUUGAGAGGAAACAAACAUGAUAUUUUAACAAAUCUUCCUAAAUUCUAAUU